AUUCAACAAGUUCCAACUAGUUUUGUUUCAUUUUCUUCUUAGAAGUUAAGUCUCCAAUAUGGCUCGUUCAGUGUCUUUGGUUUCCACCAUCUUUGUCUUUUUUCUUCUUAUUGUGGCCACUGAAAUGGGGCCAAGUAUGGUAGCAGCAAGGACUUGUGAGACUCCAAGUAACAGCUUCAAAGGAGCAUGCUUCAGUGACACCAAUUGUGCUUCUGUGUGCCAAACUGAGGGUUUCCCUGGAGGACACUGCAAAGGCUUCCGUCAGAGAUGUUUUUGCACUAAACCUUGUUAAAAUGUUGAGAAGAUCCUAUAUAUAUGAGAGAUGAUGAUUUCAUCACCUUUUGUAAUUGUGUUUAAUUUGGAAUAAUGUGGAUGAGUUAUCUUGAUAAUA